AUGCUGUUCAAGAUCUCGCCCAAGGCGCUUGCGCUGUCUUUGCUGGCGGUCAGUGCGCAGGCUGGUCGAGUUCGCUUGCAAUCUCGUGCCACCUCUUUCGACUUCCAUGCCGACAAAGUGCGCGGUGUUAACCUCGGAGGUUGGCUUGUAUUGGAACCCUGGAUUACACCUUCAAUCUUUGAUGAGGCCGGUGAUGCUGCCGUCGACGAAUGGACCUUGACAGAUGUCCUGGGCAAGGAUGAGGCCAAGGCUCGGCUUUCAAAGCACUGGAGCUCUUUUGUUUCGCAGGACGAUUUUGCGCGCAUGGCUGCAGCGGGACUGAACCAUGUUCGAAUUCCCAUCGGAUAUUGGGCCGUGGCGCCGAUCGACGGAGAACCGUACGUCGACGGUCAGUUGGAAUAUCUGGACAACGCCAUCUCUUGGGCCAGAGCUACUGGCCUAAAGGUCUUGGUUGAUCUGCAUGGUGCACCGGGCUCUCAAAAUGGCUUUGACAACAGCGGACGUAAAGGCGCUAUCAAUUGGCAGCAAGGAGACACUAUUCAGCAGACCCUUGAGGCGAUCGACAUCUUGGCCGAGCGUUAUGCCCCGGAGGAUGAUGUUGUGAGCUCUAUUGAAGCUAUCAAUGAGCCUAACGUCCCCGGCGGCUUGAGUGAGGCCGGCCUACGAGAUUACUACGACGAAGUGUUUGACAAAGUCCGCGAGUACAACGCGAACAUCGCAGUGAUCUUUGGGGAUGGCUUCCUGCCCGUGGAAAGCUGGAAUGACUUUGGCGUUGGCGAUGAAAAUACGGCGAUUGACUCCCACCACUACCACAUGUUCGACAACGGGCUCCUUGCUCAAGAUAUCAACGGCCACAUCAACAACGUCUGCCAAUAUGCGCACCAGCACCUUCUUGCAUCCAACCGGGCUGUUUUUGUCGGGGAGUGGACCGGCGCCCUGACUGACUGCACCAAGUACCUCAACGGAAAGGGUGUCCUCGCUCGAUACGACGGUACCUUUGCCUCCGACACCAAGCUGGGUGACUGCUCCAACAAGUACAAGGGCUCUGUGGCGGAUCUUCCCGCGGAGGAUCAAGAGAACAUUCGACGCUUCAUCGAGGCCCAGCUGGACGCCUACGAGCUCAAAUCGGGCUGGCUGUUCUGGACCUGGAAGACCGAGGGCGCACCAGGAUGGGACAUGUCGGAUCUGCUCGAGCACGGAGUCUUCCCUGAGCCUCCCAUGGACAGGAAAUACCCGAAACAAUGUGCCUAA